CUUCAGUUCAGUCAGUCUUUGGCCGUUCUACUUUGCAGUCUUGUUUAGUGUGUGUACAACCUGCCUCUCUGUACCUUUUGGAGUUGCUUUAUUAGUGAAACAUUUGAACUGGAACUUUGGACUCCUCCUCUUCUUCUACUGCCUGCACCACACCGUGACAGAUAUAAUCAUCUACACUCAGGCUGACACUGAGAAGAAGAUAAUCCUCCAGCAGAAGAGCAUCAUAUCUUGGAGAGGUCAACAUGUUGUCCCAGUGGUUGGACUAAGAUCAGCGGUCGCUGUUACCUCUUCGUUCCACGAACCAUGACUUGGGCUCAAGUUGAGAGAAACUGUCUGUCCUUAGGUGCACACCUUGCAUCUAUACGUAGAGCUGAAGAGUAUCACGGGAUUCAAAGGCUGAUGGCAGAUAAAAAUUAUGGGAAUCCACUGACAUGGCUCGGAGGCUUUGAAGAUGCAAAAUUUACUGUAUGUAAGAGCGGGUCUUGGUCUUUCUCAGCAUCUACUCAGGCUGACACUGAGAAGAAGAGAAGACAGUCCUCCAGCAGAAUCCCCUCCACCAUGAAGACGCUGAUUCUGUCUACACUUCUUUGUGCCGUGAUCACGCUGACCAGAGCUGCUGCUCUUUCAGAAGCAAAGGAUGAAGGUGGGGAAGUGGCAAUAAUUCAAGAAGGAGAGCAUCAUAUCUUGGAGAGGUCAACAUCUUGUCCCUGUGGUUGGACUAACAUCAGCGGUCGCUGUUUCCUCUUCAUUCCACAAACGAUGACUUGGGCUCAAGCUGAGAGAAACUGUUUGUCCUUAGGUGCACACCUUGCAUCCGUACGUAGAGCUGAGGAGUAUCACGGGAUUCAAAGGCUGAUAUCAGAUAAAACUCAUGGGAAUCCACUGACAUGGCUCGGAGGCUUUGAAGGUGCAGAGAGGGGUUUUUGGUUCUGGAGUGAUGGUACGCCUUUCACCUUUGCAAACUGGUGCAAGGGAGAGCCAAAUAACCCUUAUGGCCAGUACUGUUUACAAAUGAAUGAUGGAGGUGACAAAUGCUGGGAUGAUAUAAGGUGUGGCAAUCACCUUCCAUCUGUCUGUGUUAAGAACACCUUUGGACUCUGGGGCUGAUACAGAGGCAUGAAGCACCUGGAAAAAGUGAAAAGUUAAACUCCUCUCUCUUCAUGCCAUCAGUCUCAUAUGUACCCUGAAAUGAUUUCAUGUCUAUUUUAUUUUCUAUCGCGGUAACGCUACUUAAGGAACGAAGCGACAAGGGAAUUAAGAAGAUCUGGACUGUCUCUGAGGCUUUGUGCCUUUCAUAGGAGCAGACUGAAUGUGUUAUGAAAAGAAUGCUUUUAGCACAAACUUAUUCUGCAGAGUGAACUGUGCUUUGUUGUGUUACACAAAUUAAAAGUCUCAAGCAUUAAAAC